GACACAAACGGUAAACGGUGUUAAACUGGGAGGAAGCAGGAACACAUUCACUCACUGGGUGUUUCUUUCCUUCUCCUCCUGCUGGAAGUCACGGCUGUGUUACGAUCUGCGGAAGAGCAGGGAAGACAUUCCUCCGGCACAGCAGCGGGGAUUUGGGCACUGCAGAGGCCGGGAGAGGAGCUUCGAACGCCGGGGAAGACCGGUACCUCUCCGGGGUUUGUUUGGCGGCAGCGAGGCGAGACGGAGGAGAAGCAGGGAGGCAAAUGGAAAGAUGACCCGAGUGUGAGCAACUCAGCUAAGUUCAACAAAGCUCCGUCUGAGUAACUUUAACUCUGAGGCCUCCCAGAUCAUGGCUGCCAGCUUUUUAGCCAACAAGCGCAUUGUUGCUGGCCUGCUGGUCAACCUGUUCUCCUCCAUCUGUAUCGUCUUCAUCAACAAAUGGAUCUACGUGCACUAUGGCUUCCCCAACAUGACCCUGACCCUCGUUCACUUUGUGGUCACCUGGCUGGGACUCUACUUCUGCCAGAAAAUGGAUGUUUUUGCUCCAAAAAGCCUUCCGAUUCGCAGGAUCGUGUGGCUGGCUCUGAGCUUCUGCGGGUUUGUGGUCUUUACCAACCUUUCCCUACAGAACAACUCGAUAGGAACGUACCAGUUGGCUAAAGCAAUGACCACUCCCGUCAUCAUCCUCAUCCAGACCACCUACUACAAGAAGACCUUCUCCACCAAGAUUAAACUUACACUGGUACCCAUAACAUUAGGAGUGAUACUGAACUCGUACUAUGAUGUGCGGUUCAACUUGCUGGGGAUUGUGUUCGCGUCUCUUGGAGUUCUGGUGACGUCACUUUACCAAGUGUGGGUGGGGGCAAAGCAACAUGAGCUCCAGGUGAACUCCAUGCAGCUUUUAUACUAUCAGGCUCCUCUAUCGUCAGCCUUCCUGCUCUGCAUCGUUCCACUGUUUGAGCCACUGACUGGAUCCGGAGGAAUAUUUGGACCCUGGUCUUUGCCUGCUCUGAUGACUGUGCUGUUCUCGGGCGUGGUGGCUUUCCUGGUCAACCUAUCCAUCUACUGGAUCAUUGGAAACACCUCACCUGUUACCUAUAACAUGUUUGGUCAUUUUAAAUUCUGCAUCACACUGGUUGGUGGAUACCUGCUCUUCCAUGACCCACUGUCACUCAACCAGGCGUUGGGGAUCCUCUGUACUCUGGCAGGUAUCCUGUCCUACACUCACUUCAAGCUGAUGGAGCAGGAAGAAGGGAAGAGCCGGCUGGCUCAAAGACCCUAGGCCAUCUUUACAUGUUGGUCUGCUGCACAGACUCCUGCUAUUGGCCAUCCACAGUGAGACCGGCUGGAGAUACCUCUUUAGAUAUUUUUACCAUUUUUAUUACAGGUAUUUUUUUAGAAGAGAAGGGAUUUCAUCGUGGAUCGUGUCAGAUUUAAACGUAUAUGGCAUGUUAACACUGCUGUUCGUACUACUUCCACUGAGCUUCAGCAGCACUGAUCCAAAGUCUUAAAGAAACCUGAAACUCAUCACAAAGGCAGCUCCUCAAGUGUUAAAUCACUCUCAUCACGCAGCUUUAACACAGAUGGAUGGAGGUGUGGUUUAAACCAACCAACCAAUCAAAAGAAGGCUGCAGUUGAGCUCUGUGAAAGAUCCUUCAGGACACCAAACCUUCAUCUGCUGCUGGAGGCUGAAAAAAAUUGCAAUUACAGUAAUAUUAGAAAAAUUGCAUCAUAAUCUGCUGUUUUUCUGAUUUUUGGUACUCACAUCAGCUGUAGAGUUGAAGGACUUUGACAUUUAUGAUAGUCCAGACAUGAAGGCAGAAGACAUUGAUGGGAAUCCAUCAGCAAUCUGCAUGGACAUGUUUAAACAAGUUUACAUAGUAAAUACUUCUGUCAGGUCCCACCUGUUAUCCAUCAACCACUGGAAGAAACCAAUUUGCUUUGAAGUGAAAUUUGAAGGAUUUUACUUAUUAAAUCAUCUCAGUGACUUACAGAUCAUGAACACAGAAACUCAGACACUGUUGGGGCUACAGAAGUUUUCCAAAGAAGAAGUAAGUGGCAGAAGCUUUUCUGUUAUCAGCCUCUCUGUAUAAGUGAUUUCCAUAGACUGAUGAAAAUUAAUUUGAUUGCCAGUCAAAUACCAGUAACUUACAGGUGGUAUGAAGUGAUAAAUGAGGUUCAAUAUUCAAUAAUCAGUUACUAAAUAACUUCUCCAUAAACUUCUAAAAUUUGUGGAAGACUUUAUUAUCAGGCAGAAAUAGGUCAAAGUGAACUGGUUUAUAAAAUGAUGGUUUCUUCCAUUUCUGAGUCUCUGGCUCCUAUUACUGAGCUGAAAAGUGACUCGUUGCAGUUCUGCAGGACUGAGUUUGCUGUGUAACAUUUUUGUGGAUUUUGCUAACGUUAUUUGUUUGGCCCUUCAAAUCAGACACUGCCCUGAAUGAUUCAUUAAUCUGUUGGGGGGUUUUGUUGUUGUUGUUUAAAGUCUGCGAUAGGUCUAGUUUUAUUUCAGAUUUAGCCACAUUCAUUGCUGAUGUAACUUUUUAAAAUUAGUAUUUUUUUUGAUAAAAUUUUCUUAGCUUGUGUAGCUGUUAUUUAGAGACAUAUUGCAUUGUUUGGGUUUUUUUUCCUUUGACUUGACCCUGUUGAUGGUACAGGUGGGAUUUUGGGGACGUGGCUCAGCGAAGCAUGACGAUCUGCUAUUGUGGAUUACAUAUCUGGAGAAAUAUUCAGUUGCUCAAAGAACUGUUGAAAUAAAACUUUAAUCUUCUGCA